AUGUCACAAGAGAUACCGAUUCGGCGACUUUUCGCAGAGCUUUCUUCUGAUGCGAAGGAUCGAGUUAAGACUAGCUCUCGGUCUCGAGAUGAGGCCAUGGAGGCUUGUCGUCGGAGCACAGAACGUCUGCGCGAAUUGUUUCACUUUGAUGUGGACAACAUGACACCAGUAAGGAAGCCGUUCAAAGCAUUGAGAUCAACUGACCCGACGCAGGUUUCAACGUCAAGCAUACCGACAUCAGCUAAUCCAUCCACCAGGGACGCUGGUUUACCCCAAUGGAACUGGGAAGAAAUUCCACUGGAUAGCUGCUACGUACCUCAGUUUUAUCACGCUAGGUAUUAUCAUUCUGACACACGGCUCUUUAUGCCAUCGAGACGAGUACAGUGCACCUCAAACAAGACACAAUACAUAUGGCCCAAAGAUAAGCACGCAGUCCACGCACAUAAUUGCAAAAUAUUGGAAGGUUUAACGCAAACUGAGCCGCAUAGGACAGCAAGGUCAACAUUGUUCGGCUUCUGGUGUGCCCGGAUUAGACGCGCUUCUCACACAGAAAUAAGACCUAAAGAGAUGAAGGAAACCGAGAACUAUUUUAACACAUGUACACCCCCUUUGUCCAACGAACAGCUUCCUACAACUUCAACACUUGUAGCUAUAUCGGUUCCAGUAAAUUCCCCAGUCAAUCCCAUGCAUCAGAGAGUUAUACAAAUGCAGGCUUGGCAGUGGACAUCAAACGGUUUCAUAGAAGGAUCAGAUUUACUGGUCACUUCACAGAGCGAAGCCACCAAACAGAGGACAACUCAGAGAACGUCUGGCUAUCGACGGUUAAGUAUCCUCGGUAAGUAA